UGAACAAGGUGCUGCCCUCAUUCAAGCCUGUGAGAAGGCCGGAGCUGAUAUCCCUAGAUUCUGUUAUCAUGACCGUCUUGCUGUUGCUGGUAACUGCCGUAUGUGCCUUGUUGAAGUCGAAAGAUCACCAAAGCCCGUCGCUUCUUGCGCAUACCCCAUUAUGCCAGGUAUGAAGGUCAAGACCAACACUCCUUUGGUCCACAAGGCUCGCGAAGGUGUCAUGGAAUUCUUGUUGGCAAACCAUCCUUUGGAUUGUCCCAUUUGCGACCAGGGUGGUGAAUGUGACCUCCAGGACCAAAGCAUGCGAUAUGGUAGUGACCGUUCCCGUUAUAACGAACCUGCUGGAAAGCGUGCUGUCGAGGACAAGAACUUUGGACCCCUUGUGAAGACUGUUAUGACCCGUUGUAUUCAGUGCACUCGAUGUGUUCGUUUCGCAAACGAGGUUGCUGGCGCAACUGAACUUGGUACUAGUGGUCGCGGUAAUGAUAUGCAGAUUGGUACCUAUAUUGAGAAGACCAUUUCUUCUGAAAUGUCUGGUAACAUCAUCGAUCUUUGCCCCGUCGGUGCUCUUACCUCCAAGCCAUACCAAAUGACUGCAAGACCUUGGGAACUCAAGAAGCACGAAUCUAUUGAUGUUACUGAUGCCAUUGGUAGCAAUAUUCGUCUCGAUUCUCGUGGUGUCGAAAUCAUGCGUGUUCUCCCACGCCUUAACGAUGAAAUCAACGAGGAAUGGAUUUCCGAUAAGACACGAUUCGCAUACGACGGUUUGAAGCGCCAAAGACUUACUACUCCCCUCAUCCGUUCUGGUAACAAAUUUGUCCCCGCCACUUGGGAGCAGGCUUUGACUACCAUCGCCAAGGAAAUGAAGAAGGCUGAAGGCAAUAGCAUGAAGGCCAUCGCAGGUCACUUGGCCGAUGCUGAAUCCAUGGUCGCUUUGAAGGAUUUGUUCAACCGAUUUGGAUCUGAAAACCUUGCCAUCGAUGCUCCUAACGGCAGCAAGCCACUGGCUACUGGAAGCGAUUUCCGAUCCAACUAUAUCCUUAACAGCACCAUUUCUGGAGCUGAGGAUGCUGAUGUUGUCUUGGUGGUUGGCUCCAACCCCCGUCACGAAGGACCUAUCUUGAACACUCGUCUCCGAAAGGCCUACCUUCACAAUGGCCAAGAUAUGGGUCUCAUUGGUGAAUCAGUUGAUCUUUCCUAUGAAUACACUCACAUUGGCGAAGACUCCAAGGCUCUCGAGCAGAUUUUGAAUGGCUCUCAUCCGUUCGCUAAGAAGCUUGCCGAGGCUAAGAAGCCCAUGAUCAUUGUUGGUUCUGGAGUUGUUGAAAACUCAGCUGAUGGCGAAUAUGUUCUUUCCAAGGUUGCUGAACUUGCCGAGAAGCACAAGGAUACCUUGUUCCAAGAAGAAUGGAACGGCUUCAACGUUUUCCAAAGAGCCGCAAGUCGAACUGGUGCUCUAGAUAUUGGAUUUACUCCAUCAUCUGAGGAGGCUGCUUCCACAUCAGCAAAGUUUGUUUAUCUGUUGAAUGCUGAUGAAAUCACGGCAAAGGAUGUGCCCAAGGACGCAUUUGUUGUUUACCAGGGACACCAUGGUGACAAUGGUGCUCACUACGCUGAUGUUGUUUUGCCAGGCUCAGCUUUCACUGAGAAGAACGCUACCUAUGUUAACACUGAAGGACGAAUUAUCCGAGCACUUUCUGAAGUGGCUGGAGAGGCCUUGCCUUAUGAUGACCUCCCUAGCUUGCGCUCUCGUCUCUCCGAUGUCAGCCCCUCUCUUACUCGAUAUGACGUGGUUGAAACCCCUUCGCUUGGUCAACUUGGACUUUCAGCCUUGCGCAAGAACAACGUACAAAGCACUGGUGCUGUCCUCUCUUCGGUUGUCAAGAACUUCUACCAAACCGAUCCUAUCUCCCGUGCUUCUAGCACAAUGGCCAAAUGCUCUAAGCUUUGGGUAGAAGGAAAAGACGUUAGCGACGAAUUGGAGGUCGCACAUGCUUAGAUUUGCAAAAACUUUUUUUUCAGUAUCAAACAUAAACUACAAAAGGAAAAUACAAAAUUAAAACUAUAGUUGUGAUUCGCGUCGGUGGGAUUGCAUGAAACAGGGAUAAGGUCAUGCCGAUUUAGUUUUGAGCAAGUUUCCGAUAUAGAUGAAGGCGCACGUAUCAAGUCGAUCAUACACAUACUGACCAAGCUGUAGAUGAACCUACGCUAAUAAAAAAGUGCUGGCG